AUGGCGGCCGCAGAUGUUCGUGACAUGCUGGAUUUGCCUGCGGACGGGCAACCCAGGCCAGCAAAAAAGCAGAAAGUCGUGGAGAAGCGACCUGAGGGCAUUACUAGAGAGCUCUAUGCUUUACUCGGGGAACGCGCACCUCCUAUUGCCUUGAAUGAGAACAAAUAUAAAGGACGGCGGAAAUGGAUGAGCAAGCUCAAAGUGAGGCCAUGGGCUGUUACUCCGUUCAAGAACGCCGCUCGAAACGACGACCUUGUCCUUAAUCACUGGCAGCGGAAACCCGUAGCCAGAAACCCGCCACCAAACGCAGGAUCUGGACAAGAGAACGCCACAGACAAAGCAGUGGAGGACACCUCUAUAGAAAAUGAAGAAACAUCUGCCUUUGCGAAAUAUAAUGUCAAAGCUCAGCACCCCCGAAGAUAUACGUCAGAGGAAUACGACAAACUUUUGAAAAGCGAUAUUUGGAGUCGCGAAGAAACAGACUACCUUAUGGACCUCGUCGAAGAGUUUGACCUGAGGUGGAUAAUAAUUGCAGACCGAUAUGAAUACUCACCCAAUAUCGGGACAGCGGCGGAUGGAAGUUCCUCAACGGCACUCGUUGCGCCAACAAAACGUCGAACAAUGGAAGAAAUGAAAUCGCGGUAUUAUAACAUUGCAGCUCACAUGCUAGCUAUUGAGCAUCCACUAUCCGAGAUGUCAGAAGCGGAGUUUGAAAUACACGAAAAGAUGAUGAAAUUUAACCCCGAACGAGAGAGGACGAGAAAGGAGCUGGCCAACACUCAGUUGAAUAGGACUAAGGAAGAGGUCACCGAAGAAGCUCUACUGCUCGAAGAAUUGAAGAGAAUUGUUGCCAACGAAAGCCAGUUUAUAGACGAGCGGAAGGAAUUAUACGCCCGGCUGGAAGCUCCAGUCAGCACCGGCAAUACCGCCAUGUACCAAACCAGCCAGGGCUUGUCACAAUUACUACAAUCCCUUCUACAAGCGGACAGGAACAAGAAGCGUCGCCCACUUCUUGGCCCGGAUACCGGUGUAUCAAGUCCGGUAGGAAACGCUCCUUCAGGUGGACCGUCAGCCCGAGAAAGCAGGCCGGAAACCCCUGCUCCAACGCCAACUGCUCCGACAAACAACAAGAAGGGAGCCUCAGCAAACGCGGCAGCCCAGCCUACGAUCCGAACUCUCACGGCGAGUGAAGAAGUGAAAUACGGCGUCUCACACCACGACCGCUUAACGUCCGGUGUACAAUUCCGAAACGAUAAAGCCCAAAAACUCACACAGGCCAAAUCUAAUAUCCAGUCGCAGAAACUUGCUGCUGCGUUAACAGAACUAGAUAUACCGCCCCGCCUCUUCAUGCCGACGGAGAGGGUCUGCAAGGAAUUUGAGAAACUGAUCCACCAAGUUAACUUGUUGCUUGAUACACGCAAGUUUGCCGAGAAGGUAGAAGGAGAAAUCCGAGUUUUGGAGGCCGGUAAGGCGGAAAGAGAGAGAAAGGAGAACGAGAAAGCCAGUGCCUCUGCGGAGGGCGACGAAGGUGCCGAGGAUGCUCCGGCCACGGCGAAUACUUCGGAUCCGGCUGCGACUUCGGGUACUAAAGAAGGAGCCGAAGCUGAAGCUAAAAGUGCAUCUCCUGGUCCUGCAAAGGCUGCCUCAGCUAAGGCGGGAAAGGUUACUGAUGGAGCAGAUGCGGCGGCAGGCUCGCCCAUGAAGGGGUCCGGAGCUACACAUAAGCGAAGCGCCAGUGUUCUCAGCGUGGUUAGUGAUAAAAGCACCAAGAAGCAGAAGCGAUAA